AUGGAUAAAAGUUGGAUGCAUGCUUCUCGGAUUAGUAGGGAAUAUGAUGACAGAGUUAAAGAAUUUUUGGACUUUGCAAAACGCCGUCUUCCGAAUAAUAAUGGGAGGUUUUUUUGUCCUUGUAAGAAGUGUUGCAAUUUAACAAAAUUAAGUGCAAAUGACAUAUAUGAUCAUCUAAUUUGUGAUGGAAUUAAUCUAAGUUAUACAAAAUGGAUAUGGCAUGGUGAAGGGGGGGAAAGAACUAGUACAUCUAACACUUUUGUUGAGAACGAAGCAAAUAAAGAUGAUGAGUCUGAAGAUCGGUUAGAUGAAAUGUUUCGCGAUGUUGGAGAAGAGUUCACCGAUCGAUCAAAUGAGUUAGAUGAAUUAUUAAGUGAUUCAAAACAACCUUUAUGGCCAAGGUGUAGUAAAUAUACUCGGUUAUCUGCUGUUCUGAAAUUAUUCAAUUUAAAAGUUGGAAAUGGAUGGAGCGACAAGAGUUUUACAGCUUUACUUGGGUUAUUAAAAGAUAUGCUUCCAGAAGAUAAUGAACUUCCAAAGAAUACAUAUGAUGCCAAGAAAAUUAUGUGUCCCAUGGGUAUGGAGUAUGAAAAGAUACAUGCUUGUCCUAACGAUUGCAUAUUGUUUAGGAAUGAUUACAAAGAAUUGCAUGCAUGUCCAAUCUGUGGGGCAUCUCGGUACAAACCAAGAGAGCAUGUUGUUGGUACGGCAAGUUUAAAAGGGCCACCAGCUAAAGUUUUGUGGUAUAUCCCAAUUGUUCUAAGAUUUAAGCGUUUGUUUUCAAAUCCAAGUGACGCGAAAAACUUAACAUGGCAUGUAGAUAAAAGAAUAUCUGAUGGAAAGCUUCGUCACCCUGCGGAUUCUCCUCAAUAG